AUGUCCAACAGCCCUGCCAAGGCCGACGCCAAGAGCCCGCGGUCGCCGUCCAAGUCGCCCAACAAGGGCGUCGGCGCUGCGCCGCUGCACACGGCCUACGAUGACAUCAAAUCGUCCUGCGGCGAGCAAGUCGACUCGCGGAAGCGCACGGCGCCAACCACGUGCUUUGGCAGCAGCAGCCGCGGCCAAGGCUCCGACGGCUCCAAGUCCCCUGGACCUGGCGCGUAUCAAGUGCCAACGUCCCUCGGCAAGCCCGUGCUCUCGACGAUGCGCACGGCGCCAGCAUGCUCGGUCGCUGGCCGGGAAAAGUUUGGCUCUGUCUCCGACCUCAAGUUGGCGGCCAGCUGCCCUGGCCCUGGCGACUACUCGAGCCAAGUGGUUAAUCUGAAGGAGGCCAACGCACCCCACUACUCGCUCGGCAAAAAGUGGACUACGCCGGCUGAGCCCACCAAGAAGUCACCAGGCCCAGGUGCAUAUGACACACCCGAGAGCAUUAGCACCAAAGCCGUACGCUCAACGAACCGCUCGGCGCCCGCGCCAUCGUUUUCGAAAGUCAACCGAAAGCCGCUCACCGAGUCGUCCACUGCCGACGUGGGCCCUGGUCAGUACAACACGGGCAACGUCGCCGUUGGUCGCCAAGUAGUGUCGACAGUAAACAACUCGGCGGCCUACUCGUUCUCGAUCGUCGGUCGCUCCAAGGCGCCCGUCGGUGCCCGCAGCAGCCACGAAAUGAGUCCCGCCCCCAACGCCUACAAGCAGCAAGCUGCGGUGGGCACGCAAGUCCUCUCCAACUUUAAGACGGCGCCCAAGUGCACCAUGUCGGGCCGGACCAAGUUUGGGAGUCAUUUUUAA